UCACGUAUUUCAAACAUUGAUUUUCAGAAAAGAACACAAGAUUCUAAAGUUGCAGAUGGUGAAAAAUUUAAUUUUGACAUUUAUAGUUUCGUACAAAAAUAUUGUGUCAUUGUUUCAGUAUGUUAAUCUUUGAUUGAAUUUGGAUUUCGGAUUUCUUAAUAAUUAUUAAACUAGUUUACUAUUAAUUCAGUUAGCAGCGCCAUAAUUAUAUAAAUUAAAUAGAAACUGGAACCAUGCUAACUUAUUAAACUUGUAAAUCACUCAAUAGUUGAGGGUUAUAAAGUAACCUUGGUUUUGUGCAGAUUACAAAGUCUAGGAAGCUAUGUGCACCACUGAUCACAGUACAAGAAGACGUCCACAUACUAGCGACAUUCAAGGUGAAAUCCAAGAUCCCUUAGUUUCUUCCUCGAUCCAAAUUUCCUAUCCAACAUUCAUUAAACCUAGAAAAGGACGUAUCCGACUUGACCGUGUUGGUCUGUUUUAUCCAGUUCCAAACUCAGACAUGGACACAGUGAACGUAAUUGAUACAAAACCAAAUAAUAUAUCAACAUUUAAGACUACAAUUUUAGUCAUAAUUAUAUUUGUAUCUUCACUGAUUGCCAUGCGGUUUGUGUUUAAGCUCGUACCUGAUUUGGAUGAAGAAGAGAGACAGUAUUUACGUAUGCCAUUAGAUUUAGAAGAUGCCAAGCAAUUGGGCUGGUUGUUAAACAGAUACAAGGACAAAUAUUUUUAUCAAGUUUUAUUUGGAGUCUCCUUUGUAUACAUAUUCUUGCAAACAUUUGCAAUACCCGGCUCCAUAUUUUUGAGUAUCCUUUCCGGAUUUCUCUUUCCAUUUCCAGUAGCUUUAACAUUAGUGUGCUCUUGUUCAGCCAUUGGAGCAAGUUUAUGUUUCUUUAUAUCGAACCUACUUGCAAGGAGAUUAGUACUUAAGUACUUGCCGACAAGAGCUGCAGAAUGGUCUACAGCUGUAAACAAACACAAAGACAAUUUGCUCAACUACAUUAUAUUUUUACGAGUAACUCCAUUUUUACCAAAUUGGUUUAUAAACAUGACAGCACCAGUGGUUGGUGUGCCUCUGAAGCCAUUUGCACUGGGGACAUUCAUUGGUGUGGCCCCACCUUCAUUUGUUGCUAUCCAAGCAGGACAAACUUUACACACACUGACAUCUACAAGUGAUGCAUGGUCAUGGACAUCAAUUACGGUCCUUAGUGGCUUUGCAUUGAUAUCACUUAUACCUGUAUUCCUCAAAGAUAAACUUAGGAAAAAAUUUGAAUAAAAAAUAGUUGUUUUUUAAUUUAUAAUAAUUUAUUUAUUAAUAAAUUGGUGGAGUACAUUCCAUUAUAAUAUU